AUGGUUGACGAGGCCGCACACCCCCCGCAGGAGGAGCACUUUGAUCCGGAAUGUGGCCAUGGACAUGAGAAUGACGCGGAAUCAGUCUCAUCGGUCGAUUCUGACGAGGAGAGGAUGGAUGAAACCCUCUGCCUGCGCGCCAAGGAGGAUCCUUACGCGCACUACGAGGUCUAUGACCCUGACCUCGAUGACUACGACCCAUGCUCCGCCCCUCUGUUGGCUGCUGCCUUUUCUACGGAGGAAAUGCGGAGGAAGCAGAUCGCCGCCUUACGCCGUCGAAUUGUUAGGGGUGGCGCCGACGUCAUAACGGACCGACUUGGGGGAAGUUGCAUGAGUUGCAUGUUGGAUACCCGGGACACGCCGAUGCAAAUAAGAUGUUGCAGGACCAUUACGAAGUUGUCAUCACGGAAAUGGAAAAUGAGAUGGUUGACUUGGAUGAGUGUCCUCCAGGCCGGGAGGUUAAUGCAGCAUCGCGUGCAUCAGCUUCGGGUGAUUUCAGGUUUGACACUGCCAACGAUGCCGAACCCCCCGCGUUGCCGAAUUCCUUCUGAAGCCAGCCUUUCGACGGCUUCUGGCAGCUCAACGGACUCAUGGGCAUCCAUGUUCACUUGUGAGUAUUGUGCGUAG